GGGCGCCUCCGGAAAACGAGCUGCAGAGCCGGCGGUGAGCCCGCCCCGACCGCUUCUCUCCCUGCGCCGCAACGGGGCGCCCGCGGGCUCCUCCGCAGAGGCGCCGGCGGCAGCGGUGGAGGAGGAAGAUGGCGGCGGCCGCCUCCGAGCAGCAAAGUUCUAAUGGCCCAGUGAAGAAGUCUAUGCGAGAGAAGGCUGUGGAACGCAGGAACAUUAAUAAGGAGCACAACAGUAAUUUUAAAGCAGGAUACAUCCCAAUUGAUGAAGACCGUCUCCAUAAGACAGGGUUACGUGGCAGGAAAGGCAACUUGGCCAUUUGUGUGAUUGUUCUUCUUUUUAUUUUGGCUGUCAUCAAUCUGAUUAUCACGCUGGUUAUCUGGGCAGUGAUUCACAUCGGUCCCAAUGGUUGUGACAGUAUGGAGUUCCAUGAGAGUGGCUUGUUGCGGUUUAAGCAAGUUUCUGACAUGGGUGUUAUACAUCCCUUGUAUAAAAGCACUGUAGGAGGCAGACGUAACGAAGACUUGGUGAUCACUGGAAAUAAUCAGCCUAUUGUAUUUCAGCAAGGAACAACCAAGCUUAGUGUGGAAAAAGACAAAACUUCUAUUACCAGUGAUAUUGGCAUGGAAUUUGUUGACCCACGGACGCAAAAUACCUUGUUCAGCACAGACUAUGAAACUCAUGAGUUUCAUCUGCCAAAUGGAGUUAAAAUCUUGAAUGUACAGAAGGCUUCUACAGAGAGGAUUACCAGCAAUGCGACCAGUGAUCUAAACAUAAAGGUCGAUGGCCGUGCUAUCGUCCGGGGAAAUGAAGGUGUUUUCAUCACAGGCAAGACCAUUGAGUUUCGAAUGGGGGGUAACAUGGAACUUAAAGCAGAAAACAGCAUUAUUCUGAAUGGAACUGUGAUGGUCAGCCCAUCACGACUGCCAAGUUCUUCUUACGGGGAGCAGUUUAAUAACGGGAACUGGCUGCGUUUCAAGCUCUGCAUGUGUGCGGAUGGGACACUUUUCAAGGUCCAGGUGACAGGUUAUAACAUGGGUUGUCAGACUUCUGUCAAUCCAUGUGGAGCCACACACUGAAACACAAACCACUACCAGGAGAGUUCUCUUCAGUGUUUACAUGUAUUUGUAUGAAGUAAUUGCAUGCCUUCAAGGAUUUCUGGUUUUACAGCAGUUUAUACUAACAUUUGUUACAUAAUAUUUUUAAACAAAGGCUGUGAUGUUCAGCAGUAUUAUGUCACCAUCGUGUUAGCCAUAAAAGCGACACUGAUGUAAUAAGCUAUCUGUCUACGUGUGUACUGAAGUACCUUCCUGAACUGAGAUCAGCAAAACAUUGUUUCAAGAAUGUGAUCUUAGCAACAGUCUUGUCUGCCUUCAGUUGCCUUAAGAGGAGGUUUUUGUCCUACAUCCCAAGACCUUGAGGACUGCUGAGAACCAAUCUGCGAUCUGAAGGACUUCAACAGGAAUGACAAUUUGUUGUUGAAAGUGGAUUUACUGGCAGAUUUUUAUCUUCUCUUCAUUUCUUGCCAAAGGUUGAUAUAAUGAUUUCCCCCAAAAUAAUGUGGUUUACCAUAUGGGUACUAAGAGAGGGGUAGUGGCAGAUUCACUUUAUAAUAAUGCAUUAUUUCUGCCAUAUAGUCUCAUGUAGUUAAAAAAAAAAAUGCUAGCAUAAAUAAUGUUUGCAAAGUAAUACCAGGUGUGGAAAUGUAACUUCAAUUUU